CAUGCGACUUCGCCCAGGCUGCCGCUCUCGAGCAACCGUAUCGGGACCAGCGGCGGAUGGGGUGACUUACCCUCAGGUGUAGACCCGGACGAGGGCCGCCACAUCCUGAAGCCAUCCCCGGGGUGUCUCCGUGGGGCUGGAGGGACGGGGGAAAGAUGCAGGAGGCGACGGCAGAUGGAGAGGAGCCCAUUCUGAACGGAGCUGGGAGGGAAGAGCAGCGUCCAGUGAAGCAGUCCUUGGCUGCCUCUCUGUGUCGAGAGUCUCACUGGAAGUGUCUUCUCCUCACUCUGCUCAUGUUCGGGUGUUUUGGCACAUUGGCCUGGUGCAAGCUGUGCAAAGUUCCAGUGCUAGCUCCGACAGAGCCCGAGGCUGCUGUCGUGGAGCCUGGAGACCCCUCUACGACCUCAGCAAGCUCCGAUGUCUACAUCCCCCUAGAAGUGGAUUUGGAUAGUCCCUGUUCCAGCGGCUACAUUUAUAUUCCUCUCGCAUUCCUGGCCAUGCUGUAUGUGGUCUACCUGGUGGAAUGCUGGCACUGCUACUCCAAGACGGCCAUGUUGGCUCAAGCAGAGGUUGCGGAGGUGUAUGAGCGUGUACAGAGGCUGCAGCAAGCAACGCCGUGCAUUUGGUGGAAGGCCAUCAGUUACCACUACGUGCGACGGACAAGACAGGUAACGCGCUACCGCAACGGGGAUGCCUAUACCACUACGCAAGUGUAUCAUGAGCGUGUAAACACGCAUGCCGCAAGCUCAGAGUUUGACUAUGCGAGGUAUGGCGUCAAAGAUGUUUCAAAGGAGCUUAGAGGCCUAAUGGAUUACCCAGCGGUACGGCUGCGCUUCACCAAAUGCUUUAGUUUCGCCAGUGCCCGAGCGGAGGCUGCCUACCUCACCCAGCGUGCACGUUUUUUUGGUGAAAACGAAGGACUUGAUGAUUACAUGGAGGCACGGGAAGGAAUGCAUUUGAAGAAUGUGGACUUCCGUGAGCACAUCCUUGCUUUCCCAGACCCAGCCAGACAGCCCUGGUACGCCAGGCGUAAAGUUUUCUGGCUGGCCUCAGCCCUGCUCCUGUCCUGGCCACUUCGGGUUGUUGCGGAGUAUCGCACUGCGUAUGUGCACUACCAUGUAGAGAAAUUGUUUGGUGAUGCUGAUGAUAACAGUAGGGGUGACGUAACUGAGAAUGUUGGAGUCAACGAGAAUGGACACGGACCUGGACCUGGGACCGGAUCGAGCUAUCGUGCCAUUUCACGUGUCAAUACGGUGGACAUGACAGAGCUGGAGUGGCACAUUCGCUGCAACCAGCAGAUGGUGCCAAGCUACUCUGAGGCCCUGUUGAUGGAUCCUGGUUCCGGGGGUAACCAAGGUACCAACACUCCUUCAGCUGGGCAAGGGACUAACUCAACAGCGGGUGGCCCAACUCUUCCAGUGGCCUUCGCUUCGGCCUACUUGCUCCAGAACUGUCCUCGUUGCCGCCGCACCACAAGCAGUGCUUCCCUGCCGUCCCGGCUGAGAGGCCCGACUGCAGCCCUGCUGAGUGGAACCAUGGCUGGGAUGAGAGCUAGUGGAUCAGGAGGUGGUCCUGGAGGCCCGGGACGGCUGGUUCUGAGCAGGAGUGGCUUCUCAUUGGGGCGUCUCCAGGCUCCUCGGCCGUCAUCCCUCUUUCACUCCCGAAGUGUCGGUGGAGGACUUGCGACAAGAGGAGAAGAGGCAAGUGGGGGAGGUGGUUUCUUAGGUUUGGGAGCUAGACAAGACGAAGAGAGCAGAAGAGUGCUGGGGGGAGAGGGUGAUGAGGAUGAGGAGGUGCCAAAUGUGGUGGACAGAGAAGGAGGAGGAGGUGAGAGAGACGGGGAGGAAAGAGAGCAACAGGAGGACGCAGAAGAAGAUGAAGCCAGGGAGGGAGACGGACCUCCUACAUAUCAGGAUGCCUUUUUCUUCCCGGUGUUGAUUGUGCAUGGAGAGGAGAGUUGCCAUUCAGGUGAGAACAAUUCCUGAAGAAUGCCCAUCAAAAAGUGCAUUGAGGUGGCAAGAAAAAAAGAGAGAUGGUUAGAAAAGUCAUGGCCAAAUAGAAUGUGAAGGGAGUAAUUUGUCAGUUGAGCUCCACUCCCCUUGGUCACUGUUGCUAACUCAGACAAACUUUACAGAAUAUACCAUAAGAUUGAACUAGAGAUAUACAUACACU